GGCGCAAUGUGGCGGCAGGCCGUGUUGUUGAUGGCGACGUUUAUGCUCGCCGGUGCGUGGGAUAUCACAUACUACACCCGCACUCGUCUUUAUCCAUCUCUUCCAAGGGUAGAAUGCUUUGAUUAUCCGGAUCCGGAAUGGAGAUCAGCCGGACGAUACCGGAGUGUCAUGGCUGGCGGCGCAAGAGGAGGGAGCGGUUCGCCCGCCCUGAACAAUUUAUUGUUCGACGACGGUACCUAUUCGAGUACAUCAUUUAGAAUGCGUAGAGCCUUCUCUCGGAGAUUCGAUUCGCUUCCCUUUUCCUCCUCAAAAGAGGAUAUUGUUAAAGAGCAUGCUAAAUUAGUCCGGGAGAUAAACGGCUUGAAACAGGCGGCGCACAAAGAACUGGCGCCAUCUGACCACGAGUCCAGGGACUACGACGACUCUAUCUACCCGGAAGAAAUUGACUUGGGCGGGAGAACGGUCACGGCACAGCCAACUGGGAUAUCGGCACCACCGUUCAGCGAGAAGCGCAGAGCCCCGGAUUCGGCUCUUCUCGUACCGACAAUAGCCGGAGCGAGCCAGCCCGCCGCCUGGCUCACGGGAAGCUCAACGCUGGCGCGUCGUCCCUUCACCCCGGCGCGGCCAGGCGGCGCGCCGCCCACCGUGCGCGUCUGCCUGCCCCCCGCACUGCCCUCCGCACCGCUCCACUAUCCCAAACCAACACCAAAUUUAUUUCAAAGAUUAUUAGACGGGAUUCUUUCGAAAUAG